CAUUAUGGGAAGAUUUCAGUACUUUCUGUCUGAACUUGAAAACCCCCGGAACAGAACACUUUCACUUUCGACUUAUUGUUGGUCCCUCGACGGAGAAACACAAAUCUGAACUACAGUAGCAACCAAAUCUGCAUCUACAUCUACAUCUACUACAGUCUCCGUCAUGUCAGUGGUCACAUCCAGCCUGUCUGAAGAUCAGCAGAAGAAGCUACUGUCUCUCCUCGGCCAUGUCAGACUUCACCUGCUCUACAAAGCCACCGUCCAUGGCUUCACUGCUGCUGCUUUUCACAACCGCUGUGACCAACAGGGUCCCACUGUCAUUGUGGCUCACAACGCUGGGUUUGUCUUCGGAGCCUACACCUCUAAGAACUACACUCAGAGCGGAGAGGGCGUCAAGGAUGAGCAAGCUUUCCUCUACAGCAUCAGGGCAGGGGCCGACAAACCUCUGAGGGUGGGAGGUAUCACCGGCCAGUGUGCUUUCACAGAUGCAAACACUGGUCCGAAUUAUGGCGCUUUGGUGUUCCUGCAUGAGGACAAUCCUGUGUUCCAGUCCAACCCGGGGACAGGCUUCGUCUUUCAGGCUGCAGAUAUGCACGGUGGAGACUUGGCACUGACUGAGUUUGAAGUGUAUCGAGUUGAAGGAUUGGGAGAUCUCUUGGCCAAACCCUGGAGGAACAUCAAGUGGACUGCUGAGAGAAAGCAGCAGUUAAUGAAGUUCAUUCAGGACUAUAAGCCUGAAAUCAAAACAGUGAAUGAAGCCCGAGUGUUGAUGGUGGGUCCCGUCGGAGCUGGGAAGUCCAGCUUUUUCAACUCCAUCAACUCAGCGUUUCGAGGCAAUAUGACCUGCCAGGCCAUCGCUGGUACAGCAGGGAAGAGUGUGACCACUCAGUUCCGCACCUAUUCCAUCAAGGCUGGGAAAGGCGGCAGAGCUGUUCCUCUGAUACUGUGCGACACAAUGGGGCUGGAAUCAACUGAUACUGGUUUGGACAUUGAGGACUUGGUCAGCAUCAGCAAGGGGCACAUAAUGGAUCGCUACCAGUUUAGCCCCUCCAUGCCUCUCAUGGAGAACGCUCCCGGCUUCAAGAAGCACACAACUCUGAAAGACAUGAUUCACUGUGUGGUUUACGUGGUCGACUCCAACAAGGUCUCUCUUCUUACUGAAAAAAUGCUGGACAAGUUCACCACCAUCCGGAAAAAGAUCAACCAGCUGGAUAUUCCUCAGAUACUUCUGAUGACCAAAGUAGAUGAAGCCUGUCCACUGGUGGCAGAAGACUUGACAAAUGUUUAUCGCAGUGUUUACAUCCAGAAGAAGGCCCGUGAAUUGAGUGAGGCUCUGGGCAUCCCCUUGUCCUGUGUGCUGCCGGUGAAGAAUUACAGCGAGGAGUUGGAGCUGGACCUGAACACUGACUUGCUGCUGUUUUCUGCUGUGGAGCAGAUACUCAACUAUGCAGAUUGCUUCUUUGAGAACCACGUCGUUGAGGAUCAGGAGGUAAAUGAUGAGUUGGAGCUGUACAGAUCCAGCGAUCAUCUCCGCCCAGAGUUAUCACAGCAUUUUGACCAUCAGGUUGUUUGAAAGACAGUCAUUGUUGAUCACAAAUAUGAAAUGAAAAGCUUGGUUGUGCAAAGUACUAACACUUUCUAUGUUUUUAUUUGCCAGCAGCAUGAAAACAAACAAGAUCAAACAAAGUGAAACAUGCUGGUUUUACUUAAAGGGCCAAUGACUGACACUCCGUAACCAUAGUCGACGCUUUUUAGGUUGUUUUUCUCAGCAGAAUUCUUUUUUCAAUGCAUUUUUUUUCUUCAAAAGUUGAGUUCAUGUGAUCCUUUCAGUCACCUGCUGUUUCCAAAGUCAAGAAUGCAACACAAUUUUUAAGGCAACGGGGACGAGAAGUCUUCAAAUGUUCAAGAUUUCCAUGACUUGGAAUUUUUUGAUCAGUUUGAGGCAGAAGUCUUUAAAUAUAAGCACACACAUU